AUGGCUGCCCAACCCUCUGGCAAAGGUGGGCAACCGUCUGUCUCUCCUUCUUUUCAGGCAAAGUUCUUCUCUGCAUUGUUCUCUUCAUCCUCCCAGCAACGUUCUCCCGUGGUAGCGGCGGUGUCGACCCAUCGUGGUGAACCCGCAAUCUCUUUUGCACGAGAGGCUAUUGAGGCUGUUGCGCAGCCUUUCUGUUUCUCCUUGGUGGGAAAGUUUGCUCGCAAAAGACCUCUAAUGGAGGACAUCCGGAAAUUCUUUCUUUCCCUUGACUUGAAAGCCACCUUUUCCAUUGGGUUGCUGGAUGCAAGACAUGUUUUGAUCAGGCUCCACAAUGAGGCAGACUUCCUGCGGGUUUGGACUAGGAAUGUGUGGUAUAUCCUCGGCAGUCCGAUGAGAGUGUUUAAAUGGACGCCAUCCUUUCACGUUGACAAGGAGUUAUUGUUGGUCCCUGUGUGGUUUAGCCUCCCUAAGUUGCCUAUGCAUUUGUUUGACAAGCAAUGUUUGUUUCAGAUUGUAUCAUGCCUAGGACGGCCUCUCUUUAUUGAUGCCGCGACUGCAGCGUUAUCUAGACCGAGUGUUGCUCGGGUUUGUGUUGAGAUCGACUUAUUGAAGGAACUUCCUCAUCGGGUCUGGAUUUAG